GCGCUCUAGUGACUGGCAGUCGGUCUAGGUGGAUGCUCCCGGCUAUUGAAGAAUUGUGUUGAGACGACAGCUGCUCCAGAUACGAACAACUUCGCAUGUCCUGCCUAUUCGUUCAAACAUAUAACCAGGACAGAUCGUCGUUUUCAUUUAAUUAAAAUUAAACUAUUACGCAGAAGAAGCAUGUCUCUCAUUGAGGAAUACGAGGAAGGAGAAUACGAGAGGGCACCCAAGCGACUUAAGACGGUAGAUGUGGAGGAGGGCGAGGACCUGGAGGAGGGCGAGGAUUCGGAUUCGGCAUCUGCAGGGCUGCUAGGAGACGAGGAAGAUGUUGCUCGGGCAGACGGAGAGAAACGGACCCACUGGUCCGCCCCAAAAUACGGAUCUGGAAGAAAGGAUAAUGGAGACGAUGCCCAUCGGAUCGCCCCCUCCCCGGUGGUGCACGUCCGGGGCCUGUGCGAGUCCGUGGUGGAGGCCGACCUGGUGGAGGCCCUGGAGAAAUUCGGCACCAUCUGCUACGUGAUGAUGAUGCCGUUCAAGCGGCAGGCCCUGGUGGAGUUCGAGGGCGUGGAGAGCGCUGACAAGUGCGUGUCGUACGGCGCCAGCGAGGCGGUCUACAUCGCGGGGCAGCAGGCCUUCUUCAACUACUCCACCAGCAAGAGGAUCACGCGCCCCACCAACUCUGACGACCCCAACAGCGGCAACAAGGUGCUGCUGCUCUCCAUCCAGAACCCGCUGUACCCCAUCACUACGGAUGUGUUGUACACGGUGUGUAACCCCAUCGGUAACGUGCUACGCAUCGUCAUCUUCAAGCGCAACGGCAUCCAGGCCAUGGUGGAGUUUGAAACCGUGCAGAACGCCCAGAAGGCCAAAGCGGCGCUGAACGGGGCGGAUAUUUACGCCGGCUGCUGCACCCUGAAGAUCGAAUACGCCCGGCCCACGCGCCUGAACGUCAUCCGGAACGACAACGACAGCUGGGACUACACCAAGCCCUACCUGGUCAGACGAGAGCGGGGGAAAGGGAGACAGCGGCAGGCCAUCCUGGGAGCUCACCCUUCCUCUUUCAGCGACAACGGCUACGGGCCGCACUGCCCCCUGCUGCCCCUCCCCAGCAACAACAGGUACAAGCGGACGUCGCAUGAUCCCGACGUGGUGGCCUACCCGCUGCCCCAGACCUCCUCCUACAUGGGCCACGCCUCCAGCUCCGUCGCCAUGGUGAGCGGGCUCCACCCCGCCAAGAUGAACUGCACCCGAAUCUUCAACCUCUUCUGUCUCUACGGCAACAUUGAGAAGGUGAAGUUCAUGAAGAGCGUGCCCGGCACCGCCCUGGUGGAGAUGGGGGACGAGUAUGCCGUGGACCGCGCCAUCACGCACCUGAACAGCAUCAAGGUGUUCACCAAGAGGCUCAACGUCUGUGUAUCCAAGCAGCACGCGGUGAUCCCCAGCCAGGUGUUCGAGCUGGAGGACGGGACGAGCAGCUACAAGGACUUCGCCAUGACCCGGAACAACCGCUUCACCAGCGCGGGCCAGGCCUCCAAAAACAUCAUCCAGCCCCCGUCCUGCGUGCUGCACUUCUACAACGUCCCGCCCUGCGUCACCGAGGAGGAGCUGCAGAGGUUAUGCACAGAGCACGAUGUCCCCGGUUUCAUCAAGUUCAAAGUGUUUGACGCCAAACCCUCCUCUAAAACCAUCUCGGGGCUGCUGGAGUUUGACAGCAAGACGCACGCUGUGGAGGUCCUGACCGUGCUCAACCACUUCCAGAUCAGAAUACCGAAUGGUUCAAACCCUUACACUCUGAAGCUGUGCUUCUCCACCUCCUCCCACCUCUGAUCCCUGGGCAACAGCGCCCCCGUCAGGCUGCGUGUGGAACUGCCCUGAGGGAACGGACAGAGCGACAGAAGGAAGGAUGGAACGAGAGAGACCCACAUCCUGAAACGGAGGAGAGAACAUACGCACAUAAGUCUAAAACACUGAAGCAUCUUGUUUUUUUUUUUUAGUACUGUUUUUUUUUUUGUUUUUUUUUUU